GAACGAUAUUUGCAAAUGGCCAAUCGUCGAGAAAUGGCUACAGUAUAUGUGAAGUAUUUUUCCUUCUCAAAAAUCGACGAUAAAUAGUAGUCUUAUCGGGCGAAAGUUAUUCGCAAGUGAUACACUGACUGAUCGUGCGUAAGCGUAAGGUGUUAUUUAGCGUAUCCGCGUCGGGGCCAGUGCGUAAAAGCUGGCAGCGAAAAAGUUAGUUUUCCUCAGGCAGGGCGAGAAGCAAAAGCGAGGUUGCUACCAACACUCACACACAUACACACACACGGAUACACCUUUCUCGGGGUGGCCUACGGUUCUUUUUCGGUGUGUCGACUUGCGGACGGAAAGAGAUAGAGUCGCGCUGGUUGGUAUACACGACGAGUUGGGUGCGAGAAGCGCAAGCGAGAAAGAGAAGCCCGGGCGACGAUGGUGUGGUGCGCCGUUUGUGAAUGAUGUGCAGUGUGCGUGAUGGUGUGUGUGUGACGAUCGCCUUCUAGGCAGGUAGGGAAAAGAAGCGGAAGAAGCGGAAGAAGACGGGCGGUGCGGUCGGGUCAGCAGCAAUAAUAUCGGCAGUGACAGGAACAGUAGCAGCAGUGCCAGUGGGGCAAAAGCAACAGCACACGAGCAGUGGAGUAGUGGACGCAGGAGUAGAGGAGGCGAAGAAGCGGGAGCAAUUGAGGAAGGGCGGAGAACCCCGUCAAGGAAGACGCGGGAAGGCAAAAGAAAACGCGUAAAAAGAAGCCCGAAACAGCAGCGCAAAAUUUGCUCCGAACUCCUCCCGGUGUGUGUGUGCUCGGAGAAGAAGACGUGUGCGUGCGUGCGUGUUUGUGUGUAUGUGUGCGGUUGGAAGACGGUCGACGUCGUCGUACAAAAUUCUAGCGACACACCAGUUACUCCUAACGCGCCGUGUGCGCCAUUAAAGCUACACUAGCUACACUUCCGCCCGUUUUUCGGUUCCGCCGUGCACGAGUGUGUGUGGAGGACAAGUGCGGUGGCCUGGAAGCACAGCAACCACGAAGGGACAACAACGCUGAUUGCAUUUGCUGAGGCAACAUCAUCAAUAUUCCGGAACCGUACAGUUCUUCGUUCAGCUUCAUUCCUUCGUCCAGGAAGGCCUGCAAAACUGCGCAAACUUUGCACACACGCUCACACACACACACGGCCAAGUUUCUGCUCAACACAACUGGAUGUGGAUGUGUAUGUGUGAGUUGCAUGAUUCGCGUACCCAGGAGGAGAGAUAUUGGCAAAAAAUAAAAUAAAUCAUCAGUCUCGAACUUCCAAAUCUACUAGUGCGCUGUGAUUAAUCCCCGUCCCCUUCUAGAAGAGCGAAACUGCAAACACACGCACACUACCAGUGCCAGAGAGCAACACACGGACAGACCGGGUGUACACAGCUAUACGGUGGCGCUCGUUCGUAGCACGGCUUCUCAGCUGUCAGGCCAAAGGGGUUGCAUAAUUGCAGCGCGAUUUAUUCGACGCGCAAAGAAAUUGUGAUCGUUGCGCCGAGCAGCAGUGGUUCGCGUAGUUGCUGCGGGGACGGUACAGAACGGUUUGCAGACUAGUGGUCCCACAGACGGUGCGCGUACACUUUUCGCAGUGCAAGCGUCGUUUUGCGCCAGUUCUGUUGUCUGUAGUGUCGGUUUGUCCGAACACCGGAAACACGAAACGGAGAAAAGAAACUUACAACAUAAAAAGAAACUGCUUGCACCACACCCGCGUUCACCGUGCAGUGAUUUAAAUCGUGAUCGUGAUAGUGAACCUUCCGCGCAACCAUUUACCUAGUCUUGUGUUUAGUGUAUCUGUGUGCUAAGUGAGCGUGAACGCACGGUAUUGUGACUUUGAGCAGAGCAGAAAAACAAAAUUCGAACGCACAAAAUUUGGCGACAGACGAUCCCUCCUCCAAACCGAAUACCGAACACUCCCUUGGAUGCACUUUCGUUGAAGGAAAGAAGCCAUUCUAGAAGGUAGUAGUUAACAUUCGCGAAUUGCUAAACAAAACAAACACAUUCUCCCAGACAAACACAAAUCACAAGUGCGUUUAACCGAAGACAAAUAAUGCAAAGCGUGCAAAGUGCGGCUUGAUGAAUGAACUACUUUGAACUUUGAACAAACAAACUAAAAAACACACACACACACAAAUCAACAACCAAAUCAUCGAUCCUACCUAAAUGCAAGUUUUAAACUACACUCACUCGUACAACAAAACUCAGAACCAAAAUUAAUGGGGAUAAAGUAAAAAAAUUACCGCGAAAAAAGUAACACCAAAAGCACAUCAAACGCGGUCCCUUUCGGAAGAUAAAGGACAGAUCGUAUCCGAGUGAAAUUGAAACUAAGAUCGAAUAAUACAAAGCUAUUAGCGGUUGCAGUAACGUACAGGAGAGAGACAGAGUAAGGGGAAGUAGGACGUUACCGCACAGCAAUCCUUUCCAUUCUUCGUGAUCGUGACAAUAUAUCUUGGUAGUGCUUAAAAUCGAAUAAUUCUAAUGCGCGAACGCGUGGUACGGCAACGCGCUGAAGUGUGUAUGCGUCAUUCGUAGAGAGAAUAAACCACCGACUAGAGAAUAACGGAGACGAUCCUGGAAUAUCAAAGCAAACCCGUAGUAGAGGACCAGAGCGGCAUCAACGACGACGUGCAACUGGCGAGAUCGCUCCUUCAUCAGCAAAGAACGAAUAUUGUUUGCGAGUGUAUGUGUGUAUCGGUCUCGAAGACGACGUAAGGUGUGUGCGCAAGGCAAAGCAGCGCAACCUGAACGGCGGGACCCUAAUUUAGUUCGACCAGCACAAAUUUAUAUCGCCAUCAGCAGUGAACACCGAAAUCAUCAUCAUAAUCACCCGUCUUUUUGAAAGAUAUUCUUUGAAACCCCUCUGCCAUUGAGUUCAACUUUAAAACACGAAUAAAACCAUAAACCUACAAAACUUUAAGAAUCUGACGAAGCAGCACAGCAGCGCAUACAAACACACUACUUUAGCAUAUAGGAUUGAAAGUGAUACUUUAAGCAAUCCCUUCUCGUUAAGCACACUCGUGUGUGGCUGUACUCUCGGCAGGAUAACAAGCGAAAACAUCAAACCAGCCUGCCAAGCAAUAGGAUUAGCUCCCGCGGGCCACGGCACAGAUCAUACAAAGGUUGCAACCGCACACAUACAUAGAGAAAGUCAACCAAAAACUCCAAUAGAUUAACGAUUCCUAGCAGUAUUGCCAAGAUUCUUGUCGGUUGUUUGUUGAAGCACGUGCGUGUGGUAAAACAAAAAAAAAAAAAACAAACGCUUAGCAGACUGUAGCGCACUGCAAUUGAUCUUAUAUUACUACUAGUACACUACCGCUACUAUAUUACUAUUACUUCUACUACCUUACUACUACAACCAACCACCAGCAGCAGCAUAUAGUCGAAAGUAGCAAAACAAUUGUUGCUGUGUGUUGCCAUUACUCAACACUACUUCACCAACAAGUCUGAAUACGCUUUUAUGAAUUUACUUAAAAAAAAAAGGGAAAACAAAUUAUUGCUCGAUGCCACAAAACAAACUCAACCAGUAGCACCAACCUGAGACACUAAUAUUACUACUACAACUACCAUCGUGUUGAAUGUGAUUAAAAGGAUGCUAAUUUAGCAGCCAAGUCAGUAGGGUGAGGAAAGAUUACAGUUACAAACGCUACAAGCAGCAAACAAAAAACGGGAAAAAGAACGAACGUGAAAUAAGAACUACAACGUCAGCUGGACUGCUACUACCAAACUACUAAUAUCCAUUACUACCCCACAAUCGAUCUAUGAGUCUGAAAUCACACACAAUCAGGGAUUGUUGCAUCGACAUCAUCCUCUCUUAAAGUAGCUAAUUUGUCUUGAUCGACGUGCAGGGCAGAGUAACAAAAAGAAGAGGAACGACAGGUGGAUCGAGGAUCGGUCCGGCCAAUCUUCCAAGCUCGUAUCGAAAUCAUUGUUGCUCAUCUCUCCAACGCCAAACAUCCAGUGGUGGUGGUGCGUCUUCUGACCGGUGUUGCAGAACCAUAACGUUAGUAGAAAUCAAUACAAACAAACGAGCCAACGAGGCAGAGAGACAGGCCGAGCGAAAGAGAGAGAGAGAGAGGAGAAUCGCAAAAGUGAUACUAAAUUCCUUUAUUAUGUGCCAGUGUUCCUUAGCGGACGCACAAAACUACGUGAAACCAGCCACUAGACUAAAACCGUACAAGCAGUUAGUCGCAUCUCUCGGUUGUUGUAUCAGCGUGUCGAAGGACGGCACGAUCAACGACACCGUUCUUGGUGGUAUUUAAAAUUGUUCCAAGAAGAAGAUUCAUCAUAUACGGAGCGGACAGGACAACCAACUCCCCUCCCUCCAAUCCCCUCCAAAAUCAUCACAAGCCAUCCUCUGCGUUGGGGAUACAAUAGAGAAGAAGGAGUAUCAUUACUAGCGGCAUAGAUCGGCCCAGUAAAGUUAGCAGCAGCUGUUAGCACUGGGUGUGUUAGUAUCAGUUGGAGGUUAAUCAUCAUCGUCAUCAUCAACGUAUCAGCAGCAGCAGCAAAAGCAUCCCGUGUUCAAGAUGAUGGUUGUCGGCCAGAAGGGCGAAGAGGAAAUGCAGAAUAACGAAAAUGACACUGUGAAUAUGAAAUGUGAUUUAUCUCAUUACCUGAUAGCUAUAAAGAAAACUAAACUUAGCGUAAUUACUGAAGCGGAUGAUAGCAAGCUAGAGAAGAUGGCGAUGCCAGAGCUGCAAGUGCAGCAGUUCGGUGCGGAUGAGGAUGACCAAAUUGUAGCCAUUAAGAAUUCAAAUUGCGAACCACCAUUGAAACUAAAGGAUAAUAAUAGUGAUGUAGCGGGACGGGCGAAGCAGUGGUCGUCGGAAGAGGAGCAAUGUCAGGAAAAGCAGCAAACCCAACAGAGACUAUCAGGCAGCAAAUUCGUUCGGUUCGAAGAACUCGUUCGUUUGACGCAGCUGGAAGCGACCAUCCGUCAGCAAGCGCCGCACCAUCUCCGGAUGAGGUUGUGUGGUGGGGGCGAAGACUCUAUCAAUAACGGUACAAGUGCCUGGGGUCAGCCCACCGCUACGAACAACCCGGCCGGUAGCACCUGGGGUCCCAUCGGAGGAGGCGGUGGAUCUGCACAGCAAUCCGGCGCUUCCGUUGGCCCAUCCGGCUCAUCGCAGCAACCGGGUGCCGGUGGAGCCGGCGCCGGUCCAUGGGGAGCAGGCUCACAGCAAAACGGAGGUCCAGGAGGACAAAAUUCAAAGGGCAACGCAUCAUCAGUCAAUCCGAAUAACGUAGGAGCCUCGGGAGUUACUGCCGACGGCAGUGGCAAUAGUGCCGGCAGUGGUGGAGGAGCCGCCGGUCCUUGGAACGGAGCUGGAGGAAACGCACAAGGUGCUGCUGGUGGGGCGCAAGGUGGUGCUGGACCGGCAGGAAGUGGAAACAAUGCCACCGGUGCUUCACAGCAGGAUCAGCAAGGAGCGAUAGGUGGUGGCGGCGUGUCUCAACAGCAACAAGCCGUGGCAGCGGCGGCAACAGCACAACAAGCCGGACAAGCGGGACAACAAGAUGCGGCAGGCGCCGCGACAGCAUCAGCUGCUGGCGCAGCAGGAGCAGCGGCGGCUGUGGUCCAGUCGAGCGCUGCCAAAAACCAGCUAGAGCAUCUGAACUCGUUGCGCGAGUCACUAUUCGCCCAGGACGGCUGGGGCUCGGAGAACGUUGAUCAGGACACGCAGUGGGACGUGCCAGCAUCGCCGGAACCCAGCGGCAAAACUGACCCGAACAGCGCCACCAGUGGGCCGACUGCUGGUAUUCCGAUGUGGAAGACGAACACGGGCACAGAGCUUUGGGAGGCGAAUCUGCGUAACGGUGGCCAACUGCCUCAGCAGCAACCGCCAGUCCAGAAGACUCCAUGGGGCCCAGCAAACAACUACGGUGGCACCUGGGGCGAGGAUGAUGAGGCCAACGAGCCGGGAAGCGUCUGGAACGGAGCGAUGGGUGGUGCAGGCGUCGCUGGCGGUCCAGGCGGACCGGGCGGUGUGGGACUGCGCGAUCAGCCACCGGGCCCGCAGCAAUCACAGCAGCUGGCCGGACAGCAGCAAGGCCAGCAACCGCCGUGGAACACGGCCGCCGGAAUGGCUGGCAGUGGAGCUGGCGGUGGCGGUGGCAUGUGGCCGGGAGCGGCAGCAGGUGCUCCGGGAGGUGUUGGGGCGAUGGCACCAAACGUUCCCGCCGGUCUCAAGAAGGACAACGAGUGGGGCGCAGGCAUUGGCGCCGGUGCUCCGGCUGGCGGAAGCGGCGCAUGGGGAGCAGGUGGUGGUGGUGGUGGCGGUGCGGCCGACGGUCGCGUAGCCGGCAAUCCGGCAGCAGCCGGAGGCCUCGAUCCCACUGGGCUCGAUAUGCGCAACAUACGCAUUGCCAGCGCGAUGGAUAGCAACCGUGAGAUCCGUGGCGAUCCGCGCGGCAUUUCUGGCCGGCUGAACGGCAACGUUGGCCUCUGGGAUCAGCAUCAGAUGUCGAGCAUGCAGCAGAAGAUACCACCGACGGCCACCACUCCCGGAACGCCUACAGGAGGCGUGGGAGCGCAAGGCGGCGGCGGUCAGUGGCCCUCGAACAACCCGCUGGGCGCGGUUAACAAUGGCGUUGCGGGUGGGGGCGGUGCAGGUGCUAAGCUGGGAGGCGGAUCCGGCUGGGACGAUCCAACGGCAGGCGGUGGCCCACCGGUGGUUGGUGGUGUGCGACGCAACAACAUGGACGAUGGCACCGCCCUGUGGGGUCAGAAUGCGCUGAACCGGCAGAACUCCGGCAAUGUAUCCGGCUGGAAGGACAACAGUGGUGGCGGGUUGGGUCCACCCGGCACUGACGGUGGAAUGGGCCGGAACUUGAUGCAUCGCAAUGCGAUGGUCGGCGGAGGUGGUAACAUGCCCGGCAACGGGGGACUGGUAGGACGCGGUGUCGGUGGUCCCGGCGGUCCGAUGAAACCGGACAGCCUGUGGGGACAGAAUCCUGCGGCCGCACUCGGUGCCGGACCGCGCGGCGGUGCAGGCAACUGGGGCGGAGACGACGUGCCGUCCGCAGCGGGCGGUGGCAACUGGGGAGACGACAAACCGCCGGGUGGUGGUGGCAUGGGCGGCAACUCGCUGUGGAACGACGGUGCCAACAACAACUGGAACAACAAGGCCAAAAUGUCCGCGGGCGGCGGUGGCGGUUGGAACGAUGGCGCUCCGGGCGGCGGUCCGGGUGGCAUGGACAUGGGCAACUCGGACUGGUCAAUGCCGCCACAAAGCAAGCUGCCACCGAAUGGCAACAAGAUGAAUGCGCUCGAGAUCAUUCGCUGUAGCAAGCAGUAUCGGCACCUGUGCGACUUGGGCUUCAAGAAGGAGGACGUAGAGAGUGUCCUGCGCAUGACGAACAUGAACAUGGAGGAGUCGUUGGAUCUGUUGCAUCGCAGCAGUGGCGGCGGUGGCUCCGAUUGGUCCCGCCGCCCAGACGGGCAUGGUGGAUUCGGAGCGGGCGACCAGUUUGUUGGCGGCGGUGGCGUUAGCGGACGCUUUGCUGCGGCGGCGGCCGGCGUUGGUCCGAUGGCAUUCCAGCAGAACAAUCAGAACAAUCUGGGCGGUGGAGUUUUCGGAGGCGGAAAUGGUCCCGCGGCCGGUGGCGGCUCGUUUAACAACAUGAAGUUUGGCGGUGGCCACGGCGGCGCAGGUGGCAACGGUGGCGGACCGGUGGGAGGCGGUGGUCCGCCGGGAGGAGGAGCCGGUGUGUUUGGAGGGCAGCAUCAGCAACAGCAGCCGGGUGGGCUCGGAGGCGCUGGCGGCUUGAAUCAGCCGAACGCCCAGUCGCAGCAAAUCUCGAACCAGCAGUUGCGGCUGCUAGUGCAACAAAUACAGCUGGCCGUCCAGAACGGGUACCUGGAGAACCAGAUUCUCAACCAACCCUUGGCUCCGCAGACGCUGAUGCUACUACACCAAUUGCUAACUCACAUUAAGCAAUUGAAUGUAAUGCAAAGCAAUCUGAGCCGUACCGGUGGUGGUGGCGUGAAUGCCGUACAAAUGUCCAUCGCAAUCAACAAGCUCAAGUCGCAGAUAGCUAACCUGCAGAGCCAGAUCAACAUGCAGCAGGCGAACUAUCUAAAACAGCAGCAGCAACAGCAGCAACAGCAGCAGCAACAGCAGCAUCAGCACCAGCAGCAACCGCCCCAUCCGGGCAGCCUGAACGCGGCGAACGUGAAUGUUUCGGCGAUGGCAGCUGCUGGCGGCAACCCGGGCAACGAUCUCUUCCGUACGCCGUCCGAUCUAGCCGGCCUGCCGGGCAGCUUCGCCGACAUGGCACUGAAGGAGAGCGGCGGCGUCCCGUUCCCAUCUAGCGGCAGCACUAGUCAACAAUCGCGGCUGCAGCAGUGGAAACUGCCGGCAAACAGUGCCACGACACCGAGCAGUCUCGACAAGGAUGGUUCGGAUCUGACCGAUUUCGUACGUGCGCCUGGUGCCAGCUCCAAGUCUGGUCCGUCCGGAUCGGGCAUUGACGAUGGUACUUGGUCUAAUGGGCGUAGCAAUCUCGGCGACGGUUGGCCGGACUCGGGCUCACAGGACAACAAGGAUUGGCCGGGAGGCAACGAUGCCUUCAGCGAUCUUGUGCCCGAAUUCGAACCGGGAAAACCGUGGAAGGGUACGCAAGCCACACGAAUCGAGGACGACCCAACAAUCACGCCGGGCAGUGUUGCUCGCAAUCCACUAUCGAUCGCUGCUGCCAAGGAGUCGAAUUUGUUCGGCGGCAGUGCAGCCAGCGCUGCAAGCAACAGCAAAUCAUCACCCACCGAAUCGACCUGGAGCUUUAACCCGUCCGGCGGUGCCGGUGGUGGCCUCCAGGGCGGCAACUACGGUGGCAAGGUGCAGAAAAAUCCUUGGCAAGAUGCAAACACACCGACAAUGCCGCCAGCCGACCUCUGGGACACACCGCUCAGUGGAGCCAACGGUGGCAAGGGCCGCGGCGUAGGUAUGAUGGGUGGCAUCGGUAAGCCGGGCGGCGGCAGCAAGCUGGAUGCAAACGGCUGGAACACGCCGAGCACUCAGGCCGGUGGAGGCAGCACGUGGAACAGUGGUGCGUCUGCAGCCAACACUUGGUCGUCGACAUGGAUUAUGCUUAGAAAUCUAACCGCCCAAAUUGAGGGAUCCACUCUGCGUACGCUGUGCUUGCAGCACGGUCCGGUGGUAAACUUCCAUCUCUACUUGAACCAGGGCAUCGCGCUGUGCAAGUAUGGCACACGCGAGGAAGCGCAGAAGGCACAGUUGGCGCUGAACAACUGUCAGCUGGGCAACACGACGAUCAUAGCCGAAAUACCCAACGAAAGUGAAAUACAAUACAUCCUGCCGCAUCAUGUAGGCAACAGCAACGGUAUGACGAACGGACUGGCCAGCGGCGGCGGACAGAACUGGCGCCUCAGUGCUGCUGCUCAAUCGCAGCCAAUGGUUGGCCGGUCCAAUUCGGUCGUCCAGGAUGCUUGGAGCUCGAAUGCUUGGGGCUCGGGCAGCAACACUGGCUCCAGCCUAUGGAACACGCUCGAUGGUGGUCCGGGUGAUCGAGGCACGCCGGCCAAUCUGCAUUCGUUGCUUCCGGAAAGCUUGCUCGGAACAGAACUGAACUGAUGAUUGCGAAACACCACCAACGUCACCGAACGGAACUAACAGUAAGCCUGUGAACGCGCCCAAGAGCGCGUAGAUUCGAAAUCCAUCACUGCUGUUCCACGGGUUCUACCGAGUAACAGGGCGACGAGAAGUUUUAACUGCAUAAGCUAUAGGUGAUAUAAUACGAUGAUUCGCGGUAUUAGAGCUCAGCUCUCCCCCCAUCAUCGUGUUGGCGUUUCCAGAUGCACCGAAGGCCGAUGACACAUCCCAAAAAAAGUAAUAAAAUUCUCUUAGGAUAGUUAAGGUAAGCCACUAUAUGAUGGGAAGCACCACCUUGCUGUGGGAGGAAUGGAAUUGAUGUAAUAUUUGCCACUUUAUAUAGUGUCUUGGUUCGUGAGUCAAUCGCAUUACAAGUGCGCACAGAUUUCAACAAUCGUGGGGGGAAAAACACGCGCACUCUGACGCUCUUUCUUUUCUAUCCUCCUUUCUCUCUCUCUCGCAGAAUAGAACUAGUUUUAAAGAAGCUGCUGUUGUAGGAACGCAUAGCUGUGGAGGUCAACACACAUUCUUAAAACCCAACACACAAUAUACUAUGCGAACUCAUCUACGAUGGUAGCUGAAGAAUGUAGCUAAAGAGCGCAGGCCUGCGAGACUAACGCUGGAGAAAGGGAGAAACGAACGGACGGGAGUACACAGGAGUAAAACAAAAAGCAAAAAAAAAGAAACCUAAAAAGUGUCUUUUGAAAGUCAGCGGUUUCGCGUCUGGCGUAGUAUUAAGGUGUUGUGAAUGUUUUUAUCAUUUUUUUAAACAAUGUAAUCUUAUACAAUUUAAAUAAUAUAUUAUAUAUAUUUGAGAAGCAGAUGGCAUGAUGAUGGAAUAAUUAAUUGAAUAGAAAGCAAACACAAAAACAAGACAGACGUUGAGUAAGCACGAAAAGUAAUAAUAAUAAUAAUAAUAAUACGGGAAAGUCUUAUGUAGAAACAAAAGCAAAAGUAGUACCACACAACAAAUGAGAAGUGGGUGUGUGCGUGUGUUUAAUCUAAAGAAUGCUAAAUCUACGUAGGAUCCAAACAACUCGGGCCCGCAGCAUACAUUUCAAGUCAAAGAGAAAACUCUAGUUCUAGAUUCAAAAACAAAAAGUUGUUUGAAGAAAACUUGUUUUGUUGAUUCGUUUAUUUUUUAAACUAAAACCAACCUACAAACUCUUCCCCACCCUUUUCUCCUAAUGAGAAAAACAAAAUCCUUCCGCACCUUAUCGGCGUUCGGAGAGAAAGCGCUUAAUCAACGAUGACGAAUUAGUGGUAGAAGAAGGCGAAACAAAACCCAGGAGUGUUUGGUAGUGGAAUCGGGGAGGCGGAGGGUAUAGGUAAAUGAAGCGCGUGUGAGCGUGUUUAGUGAGAAGUUGACCAAAAUUUGCUUCUCCCACAAAGGCGGUGAAAAGUAAUAAGAAAUUAACGAAAGUGUGCUACAAAUGAAAUCGAAAGCUAAUAAUGUUAUUAUGCGAUAAGUUAUUGAGUACUCGAUUUAUAUACAGAGGUAGAUAUUUAGCAUUUUUGUCCUAAGUGAUUUUUCUCGUUUUGUUUUUAACGUAAAUUAUCUCCAUCCACUUUCUUCCCCUUAUGUGGAGUCCCUCCCCUUUAUGUUUACCAACAACCCACCGCCCACCCGGGGAUGCGCGUGGUGGUGGUAGUGGUUGUCGAUCUGUUUUCAAAAAGUAUAUGAUGAAGGAGGGGAAGCCUCGUAUAAAAAAAAACGGAACAAUGGAGGGCACUAAAAGAAGAGUGAAGGAACGGGGGAGAAGAGAAUGUGAACGAGCUGUGGAAUACAAAAUACAUAAUACAUAUAUAUACAUAUACACAAAAUAUGGAUAUAUCAAAAGAAACAACAACAAAAAACAUUUCCUUUUUAUGACGCUUGUAGAAUUGGCUGUUUUGUGAAGGAGACAGACAUUACAUACACUCAGCCAAACAAAGCAAAUUAAUAGAGGUAGUAAUUAAGCUAAGUAAACAAUACUGACCCCGACCCGGUGUGCGGUCGUAAAUCACAUACCUAGUGUGCGUAAGGAAAUAGUGCGUAAAAAUGUACCGUAAUGCGUAAGACAAAAACCAAAAGAUAAAAAAGAUAGAAAAAAACGCAAAACAAAAAACAGGAAAAUGAUAAAAUCAAAAAAACACAAAAAAACGCAACAUAACUUUACAAACUAAGUCACACAAAAGAAGAAACACAAGGAAGUGUUUGAUGGAAGAGAUGUUUCAGCAGGGGAAAAGAUUAUUUGUACCAUUUUGUUUUGUUUUUUACCUUAAGCACGCUAUUUCGUGCCGCUCUCCAGUCGUAGAGAAUUAUUAGCGUACGUUACACGUACGUCGUAUCGUUGCCGUGUGUUCGUUGUUCUAUCCGUGCCGCGUCGUCGUCCUACUUACCCCUUUUUCUUUUGUCGCAUAUACGCGCGCAGUCGAAGGCAGCCUUUCUGCCCCAGCGUUUAUGUAAGAAGGUCCCUUGCGGCCACCAACCAAAUGACAGCUAAAGCCAGUAGCUAAUCCAGCUGAUCCGCAUUCGUGCUUUCCAUAGACUUAAUAAUGCUAAUGCCGCCAGCAGCAUCUCGUACCUCGUCGUCCAAGGUUCUCUAUAUUGUUUUGUUUUAAUGUUUAUUGUUUUGUUCGGUUUUAGUUUUGACUUUUUGCGUUUCUGAAAUAACAAUGUGAGAUUAAAAAGACCUACUGAGAGAGCGAAUGGAAUUACUAAUUAAAAAAUAAUAAUCUAGGAAUUAGGAGGGAGAGAGACAGCUCUGUAUGAAUGGAUCGUUGUGUGUGUGUGCGUGUGCGAAUGAAAUCUAAAAGACGUGCAUACAGUGCAUACAGUGAAAAAUGAAAAAAGAAAAAAAAUCGAAAAGAUGCACCUACUAUCAUAAGUCAAAAGAAACUAACAAAACCAAAACAAACAGGAAAGACAAUGAGCAAUUAGUUUAUAUUAAAAGAAGAAAAUUAAAAAACACAUUUCAUCAUUUGGGAUUUUAUACACAGCAGCGGUGAGACAAGAGAGAACAACACAAACAAACAAAAGUCACGGAUUCUAGUUGUAGUCGAUCGAUUUCGUUUCGUUUUUCAUGUGUUAUCAAAAACCACAAUUGAUUAGUCAUAGGGAUUUUGUUAGGGUUUUUGCUUGGUUCAAAUUUGUAGGAGAAAAAGCACAUGCAACGAACGUAAAAAGCGCACAACUAAGGAAGUUUGUGUGUGUGUACGUGUGUUUGGUGUGUGCGUGUGUGUAUGUGUAUACUGUGCGCGUGCGAGCGAGUGUGUGUGUGUGUGUGCUCUUUUGUGUUUCGUAAAACAAAAAGUGAGGAAACAAUAAUAACUAACAAUCGGAAACGCUUGGAUUAUAACUAUGAAAGCCAUUUUAGCCCAUUACCACAAGAAGACGAAGAAGAAGAAGUGUAGAGCGAUGAAAGUGGAAAAUAGGAAAUGAUACGCCAGACAUUAGGAAAGACAGUGAGAGCGAGUAUUGCUAGUUAUCUACUGUGGAAAAUGAGUACUGCGAGGAGAUUAAACCAAUUUUAUGUUCCUACUAAUGAGAAAUUUUGUAUAGGGCACCCUCUCCGCAGUCAGUUGUUCAGGACUGUAACAACAGGCACACCACACAAUUUGCCGAGAUCCCAAAAUCGGUCACGGACCCCGAAUGCUGGCAAGAGAAACCACAUGUAAUUCCAUUCUAAGACCAUUCUUAAUUGAGAGGUAAUGGGUGUGUGUGCGUGUUUGUUCAAAUCCAAAGUCUUAUGCGUUGUAUCUGGUGAAGGGAGACAACUAUUAUCAACAAGUCCCCGAAUAUAUAUCAGUUAUAAGUGAGCAAAGGUCAGUUAAAUGUGGUUAUUUAAGUUUUGUAUUUGCUCAAAGCGUUCUUAUUUUGGCGUUUUGGUGAAUUUGGUGAAGCUCAGCCUUGUAUCACACUAUUGCUAGUAAUCUAGCGUUUACUCCCGUGUUGCGUAAACGGUUGUAUUAGACUGAACUGGAAAACAGAACGAAGCUAUAAUUUCACCGUGGUUCAACCCCGCAGCACAAACGGCCUUUAAGCGAGAGACGUGUGUUCCCUGUUAUGUUAACAUCUGAUCAGGAUUAUUAUAAAUCAUUUAACCAUUACUCUUUCCAUCUGCAUUCCGCGAUGAAUAUAAUUAUGUUGUUCUAGUUUGUCCGUUUUUUUUUUCUUUCUUUCUCUGUGCUAAGCCAUAAUACGAUAAGGGAAGUGCGCGUGUGUGCGUGCGUGUGUGCGUGUGUGUGCGUGUGUUUGUUUGUGAUAUAAGUUAUACAGCAGCAAGCACGCAAAACCAAUCUCAACCAAAGUACGAAUGCCAAGACAGGGUGGUGGUGGAAAGGGUGAUGUUGUAGAGCGAGGAUUGUUAAACCAGGGAUAUGUCGGAGAAAAUCGGAACAGGAAUAUUUUCUCACGUGUGUGUCGCGCGUGUGAUUUCCAUCAUGCAAAAUCCGGUGCCUGUUCUUUCCGCACACGAAACAAACAAAAAACCCCCCGGCAAAAGCAAUGUAUGAAGUGCCUAUAACAGGAAUAGCAUGUGUAUCAUCACUAUUAUGUGUAUUAAAUCGAACGUUUUAUGGUUUAGUUUUUGUGCAUUUGAGUUAAACCCGGUCGUGGUGAGUGAGGGUAGCUCUUUCGUUAAAGAAAAGGGAGAAUGAAACACAAUCAGUAACAAAAGCGGAAACAAUAUAUGUAUCGCCAUUUCGUUGUUAACGUUGUUUACUAAAGCAAUGAGUGCAAUUUUUGGCUAAACAAUUAUUAUAGUAACAUAAGAUAGCGAUCUUUGGAUAAGUAUUUUUUUUGUUUUCUAUUUCGCUGCACGAAGGAAGCGCACCAGAGCAUCACACGCAUCAUUUCUGGACAAGUUUAGUAUAUGAAUGUGACACACACAUACACACACAUACACACCGGUAGGCAUAUUUUGUGUACGCAAUACUCUUAUUCUAUUCACUCCAAAGCGGAGUCGCGUAAAUCAGGGUUUUAGGAUGACAAGGAAACACAGGAUGUGCUAGCAAAAUGACUCACACACACACACACACACACACACACACACACACACACACACACACACACACACACACACACACACACACACACACACACACACACACACACACACACACACACACACACACACACACACACACACAUACAGAUACGAUUCUGUUCAACAAAAAGGAUAUGCGCAAUAGGAGGUGGUGGAUUCAUCCUCCCUUCUCCCAUACCGCACACAGUAGUAGUAUUGCGGGCGUAUGUUGUGUGCCAAAGGAAUAACACUACAACAGCGCUUGUCUUGUUUAGCUGCACUUUAUUUACUCUGUACACGUUAGGCUUUUUGGUUAGGAAGGACAAACCGCUACUAUUAUUAGAUGCUAUUGUCAAACUCAUGUCUCAUGUCAUACACUCCGCCAGAUACACUCCGAAAUGCUAGUUUUCUGUAAGAACAAAAGUAACGCUAGACAAAAACAAAGGGAAAUAAUUCAACACACACUCUGUAGCGUGGGGGAAUGAGGGAUAUGGGUACACUACCAGUGAGCAUAAAGCAAGCAAUGUCCGGGUUUCUAUUUCCGGGCCAGUGUGGAGUGAUUUGCCGAACCGAUCAAACGCCGCGCGCAUGUAGAAAUGAUUCAAGAUUGAGCACAAAGCAAAAGUUAAGUACCCUUCCCCGUCUCCCCAUCACUCCUCCUCUCCCGUAACGGUUGGAUAAUUCCAUCCAAUUGAUAUCUAACUGCAGGCAAUAUACAGUAGACGUAUGUAAACAUUGCACACACAACCCGUGCUCAAAAAUAUCGUGAAUGUCCCUCAUUUAGUGUGUUAGCAGGUAGUGCGCGUAGUUUGGCCGUUGAACCUAUUUACCGUAUUUAGCUGUGUAAGAAUGUGGGAGAAGAAGAAAGUAUACCUUUUAAGCCAUCUGCCACCAAUGAUGUAAGGGAUAGGGCCGAGUUUAUCAAGAAUACGAUGGUAGAAACAGAGCGUAAGCGAAGCAAACGAGUAGCUUUAUGUCAUCUAUCUGUUUAUGACUCACACCUAUCAUCAAACAGCAACGCUAAUUGCAAACAAAAAACCCUUUCUACUAAAAACCACAGUCGACUGGGAUGGAAGUCAAUAAAGCAACUCUCUCCCCAAAGUGCCCAGGUUAGGGAGCAAAGGCAGGGUUUGUCGCGGAAUAUGGAAACCUAUAUAAGAUGAUGAAUUUGUGAUAUACUACUUUCCAUACCACACGACUCACAAACACACAAAUAAAACAGAGCAUAUGUUUGAUUUCUGAAUAAAACGUCCCGAAUAGAAGAAGCUGUCUGUAACUAAUACAUUUACCUCAAUAUAAUGGGUAAAGAUCAGUGUGGGGAAGUGUGAGAACCAUCGGUGAGCGGGAGGGUUGAAAAUCGAAUCAGAGUGCGCGUGUGUGGGUGCGUACCGAUAGUUUUAGCAGGUAAGGAACGUGUGCAAGGCAAAGAAAAGCUAUAGGGAAGUACAGACAAAGGACAAACAUAACUAUGGUGCUUUAAAUUUGUAAACCAAUUUAUGCUCAAUUGUAAACAGCCACACUAAAAUUUGUGCAGUGUGUGCAGUUUUGUGUUAUUUUAGAAAGCAAAGCGAACUGAUGAUGAUGGGAAAGAAGAGUCCAUCAAAAAAGUACUCAGAAGCCCAAUCCCACACAUACAUUCACACACACAAACACACACACGCAUGCUCCAUGUACUGUUUCUUUCGUUUUUCAUUCCCGCUUUUCGAGGAUGCUGAUACAUACUUAGCCUGUUUAGUAAGACUAGUUUUUAGCCACCGAAAUGUGUGUUCCAUGUACGAGUGUGAUGGGAUGAGGCAGAAAUUUACGCACCUUUUUGUUUCCAUUUCAUUCCCCGGGUACUUCCUUCCAGUGAGUACUACUAUGGACGCCACCGCUGUCUUCCAAACAAAGUUUAAGUGUCUUUCCAAAGCUUCUGUUUUCUUGUGAAAUCUAAAGUAAAACAGUCAGUCAGAAAUCAAAUUUGCAAACUUUAAUCCAUGCUUACCCCCGUACCAGUUGUGUGCCACACUGCUGAUAGGGAAAAGGUGGUCUCUCGUUUUCAGCCUAGUGCCAAACUCCUUGCUGCUAGCAUGUGAUCCUAAACACGAAUCCUUCCGGUGACAAGACCUAUAGACAUAGUAGAUAUGGCGAUAUUGUUGUUACUCUUGGAUGGCGUUUUCUUUUCUUGGGGGGGGGUCAAACGACCAUUUCAAUGUAGCCCUUAUUUCAAACGAUUACCAAACUUCUAUUCUAAAAAACAAACUCACACAUCUCAGUAUAGCCCCAGUAUAAAAGCCUCGAACGCGGAUGUGAUGCGGGGACGUACUCGAUUAGUGCAAUACUUACGCUGGUGUGUAAUAACACAGCAACUUUAACGACGAAUAUGACAAUGCAAUGGCAACUAGGAUAGACGGAAUGACAAGCAGUGUGUGUGUGUGUGUGUAGCACAUGUUUACCAUAAUAGUUGUUCUGCAGCCAGCAUGUUCGGUUUGCGCAGUAGGCUUGCUAGCUAUUAGUGUCCCUUUAGUAAGGUCUCGUUGUGGAAACUCCGCCGUAUGCAGACAGUUCACGCACACCCGCCAAACACACCGUGCACACAUGCACACAUAUAAACGCACGCGAAUUCAAGCUUAAGGAAAUGCAAUGAAGAAAUCAACGAGCAAUGGGAGUAAAAUCUCCUUGACAAUGAUAAAAGUGUGAUAACAAAUGGUGACGACACAAAACUAAGCAGAAGCAAAGUGAAGCGAACGGAAAUAUAACUGGGCAAUAUUACGCGAAAAACAUUGGUAGGUUUCAAACCAAAUCAGUAAUAGUUUGCGGAUAAUAUGUUGUGGGCGAGCGUAGGUGUGAACAGCAGCUAGAAACGAGCGAAACAUUCAAAUCAAGUUAAGCAAUGAGAGAAGAAAAAAGAAACGAUAGAAACCGACACUAGUGCAGGAAUCUUAACUUUAAGAACUAAGUUUUUGUUAUUUUAACAGGCUAUACGUCAUAUAAUGUUUUCAUUUCCACGGUUGUGUUGUUAUCUGCAUAUAGAACUUGAAAUCUUUGAAAUUAGUUACAACGCAAUGCAAAGGUUAACACAACAUAGAAAACGUUCAACCAACCACCCCGCGAAGGCUGUUAAACUAACUACCUAUUUGCUCAGAUUUAAGUUGCUUUAAUUGUGUAAAGGAUUUUGUUUUUAAACUAUUUGUUAACCCCUUAUCUUCCACGCAGCACUCUCUCUCUCUCUACACAACGACACACGAACACGAAACCCGGCAAACCAGAUACUAGUGAAGCACAUUCCAAAAACAUCCAUUCGAGCUUUAUACUUACGCGAGAAGUAGGCCGUGAGCGUGCUAGUUAUGUUUUGUAAUAUGAAAAUGAGAUGGAAAGGUUAAACUCGGAGGCUCUCAAUAACGUCCUGUAAAUCGUGCGAUUGUCCCGGUGGGAUGUACGCGUAUUUUCUAACGCAUCCUUUUCGCAUCCACAGACUUGCUUGCUUGGAGGAAAGUGAUAAAAUGUGAAUCAAAACGAUAAAGUGUGAAAUGAAGUGCUCAUUGAAUUGACAGUCAGAAACACAAACCAAUUGGGAAACAAACACCCGAAUGUGUUACACCGUUAGAGAAGAAGUUCAUUACAAAAAACAACUAAGAAUAAACGGCAUGGGGAAAGAAGAAGAACAGUGUAAUCAAACAAUGAAGUUACAGCCAAUUAGACAAGGUAAAUGACGGUUAAUGUAGAACAAAACACGCGCGAUGAGAUAUCGUCCUCGUAUACACUCUCUGGCAAAUGCAAAUGCUCUAUUCCUUCGUCCUUAUCAUACAUAUGUUUCAAGCACAACACGAACGAGGGGAGGGUAUAAAACUGCAAUGCAAUUAUGUUUAUUGACAAGACGAUAUUUACUUGCUCUAGAUACUUUAUGAAUCUUUUAUGGGGGACGAUGCCCCAAGGAGGAUAGAAACUGCCGUGCGCGCGCCAUAAAACUACAAUCAUUAGCUGUAUAGUUUGUGAAUUUUGUUCGAUUUUGUAUCGCUUUUAUUUCAUGCUGUUAAACGCUUAUAUUAGAGCAUACCUUUCGGGGUGAUAGGUACGUGGGAUAAGAAGCUGUUGGCCACGCACACACACACAAACAAACACAUAAACACAUCGUUUAUGCUGCUGCUGCAUUCAUAUACUGUUACUUUUGAAAUGGAAAACCUGACGUACUUGAAACGAUGUGCAACCCGCUAUAUCAUAGUUUUAAGCUUUAAUUUAUUUAGUUUUACGUGCGCUAAGUGAAGUACAACAACAAACGUCUACUCACAAUAACUACCACAAUUAUUAUCCCCCUCCCCUUUUUGUGGGUGGCCCCUGGUUGGAUUAUAAUUCUUGCUCGUAUUCAUAUUAUGCGUUCCUAGAACAACACAUUCUUAUGGCCGAUGCAGAACAGGAAUGCCGCAGGAGGAGUGUUUGUGUGCGUGUGCAUAGUGAACAAAUAAAAAGGCAACAAAAUAUACAAGCAAACAAGAGUGAAACAUCUUUAACUGUAAAACAAUGACAUCAAACCAAAACGACACGCGGCACCUUAUAGCAUUAUAAGCAAAACUAAAACUAAUGUACGGCAAUAAUUGGGAGCGUAACGUACAAUACAAUAACAUCAUACAACAGCAACACAUGGUCUGCAUAUCGGUUAAACCUUUUUUUAGAAACCAUUUAAGAGAAAUCAUAAUCUCCAGAAUCCGUUCUGCUGCUCCGUUGCUAGUAUAAACUUUCUAAAAAUCCCCCCGAGAGAAAAAAAAAAAACAUACAAAAAGCAACAAAAUCGUUUGCUGUCUGUCGAUUGUGUUCCAGUUUAGAGUAGUUAACAAAAGUUGUUUUGUGCUUUAAUUGUUUUGUAAUGUGCGCGUGGUAUGAUAUACCAUUUGCCACAGUUUCCAUCAUAUUUUUCUUUCUAGCUCAGAUAAACGUGUAUUUAUACAGAUAUAUACAACACCAUAUUCUGCUCAUAUUGUUUUUUCUUUUUAGACGGAAGAGAGGAAAGCAAUGUUAGACGUUAAAAAAAAAGAAAGACGGAAGAAUUUAUUUAUACACCAUAUCUUUGUAGAAAUAUUCCAACUUGCAGAAGAGCAGAAGAGAUCACGCAAAAGUAAACAAAAAUACAAACAAACAAAAAAUGCCAAGAUCAAUCAAACCGCGAAAUACAUUAAGCAUCAGAGCAAAAAUGUGUCUUAUAGUAUGAACUCCAAUCCAAAAAUCAACAUAUUACCAUUCGUAUGCAGAGAAUGAAUGAGAGUUUUGAGUUGCACUUUUGCGCAUUGAUUUAUCAUUGAGGGACAUUUAGGAAUUUACAUUCUGUGCAGAGUGAAGCCUGCGCUAAUUUUAAUGUAGGAGAUGUGUUGUGUUGGUGGCAUGAUGGGUGGUACGGGAAAUAUAAUCCAAAGCAGUUUUAUCAGGAACACGUCAAUGCCAUCCCAAGGGAGAGCGCGCUUUAUCGAUUUAAAGAUCAGACGAUCAGAUCUCACUUCUCUAUCGAUAGUCGAGCAUCUCGUAAAAACGAAGGAUUAGAACAAGACGGCUCGCGUCCUGACAUGCAGUUUUGGGACUGAUUGUUGGGGCCCUUUCUAAAACGGAAGGAGUGAUACGCAUCUUCUUGUGCGAUCAUAACGAUCACACACGAACACGCGCUCGGCAGUGUUGCCAUGUGCAUUAUGUGCGCAUAAACGCGCAUUCUGCUGUGUUGGAAUGAGAAUCGUAGACUAUUUUCACUCUAUCUCUCCUUCACUUCCUAUUUUGUGUAUGAGGCCAUCGUAUACAGAUUUUUUUGUGAGCGAUCAACCUCCCAGCUAUUUUGUUAAUUCUUCGCUUUCGUGCAAGUCAAUGAAAAAAGGUGCCAUUAUGUUUACCAUUACGCAAACACACACUGUUGUGUUGUGUGUAUUAUGUUUCAACAUUAGUGCAUUACAUCUUUUCUAUUAGUUUGAACAUUUGGGAUAAAGAACGAUAGGGAAAACAGAGAGAGAGAGAGCUAUUGAAGCGAGAUAAACCAAACCCUCUCAUAAAACUGAAAGGGUUGUUAGUUAAGGGUUGGACAAAGGUGUAGUAGUCGAUCGGCACUUAGUGAAUCGGGUAAACGGAACAUCAGUGCUGUGUGCGUCGUGUGUGUGCGAAAGCGUGUGAUUCGCUCAAACUGCCUAGCUUUUGAUAGGAAUGAUCAAAAGGGCAAUAUUUUCUGUUAAUUUCUUAGCAAAUGUAGGGGAAAGAGGAGGAACUCUGGGGGAAAAGCCCGAACCGAAGAGAACACACCGCAACCAUCUGAUACUCACAUUUUCUAAACACACCCAACUCCUGCUACUACGUCUACUAUAUAACUAUAACAGAACAAUGCAGCAACCAAAACCAGAUGGAACAAUACAAUAAUGAUAAUGAUAACGAAACAGUGAUUAAUAAACGCUAAUCGAUCUAAGCAAUGAAACUUAAAAACUGAGUAAAGGAUAUAGAUAAAAAAAACACACACACAUACAAACGUGAACAUACUGGUGAAAAUCAUUAGCUGUGUAGAGGUGUAGGAAAGGAUUAUAGCAAAAGCUGAAUGUAUGUGUUGUGGUGUAGAGAUAAAUCUAAAACAAAAUAAAACUUUAUGUGUAUUUCAAACGGAAGAGGUAGCUAACUGCAAAACAAAAGCCUAUUUCCGGCGUUUCGUUAGUUUGGUUGUUUGUUUUUUACUUUCCUCCAUAGCUUGAUAACAAGCAAACAAACAAGGUAGUGAGAGAAAUAACAAGCAAAUAAAUCAACACACAGAACAAAAGCAACAAACAAAUAAAUGUAAAAAAAAAUAGAAAACCAAACAAAACUCAUUUGAAAAAAAAUAAGAAACCCCAAAGCGAUAAAUAUGAAACACAACACAACACUGUAUUAUCAAAACAAAACCUUACACACGAGACAAAACAAACAUACAACUAAUGGUGCAUAUUUAGCUGAGGAAUCAUGUUUUUACAAUAAUAUACAACAGACAGAAAGAGCGAAGGAAGUAAAUCUGCCGAAAGCGGAUCAAUGCGAGAGAGAGGGGAACGAAUGUGUGGCCCGAAAAACGUGGGUAGUUAGUGCGUAAAUUGGAAGUGCAGCGUGCACAUGAUAAAGUAAGACAGAAGCAGAAAAAUCCGGAUUAGGAAAGACAUUUGCGCAUGAAUGCGUUUGUGAAGAAUGAAUGGAGAUACUAUGAAAUAGAAGGGGAAUAAAAAGAUGGAAGAAAUUCAGCAGCAAGAAAACAAAAUAAAAAAGAGAGAAAAAAGAAAGAAAGAAAGAUAAAAACACGAACUUCAAAUGCGCAUACAAAUUUCACAUUGAAGAGACUGAAAUGCCAAAUUAAUCAUACCUUAUAGAGAACAAACAAACCAACAUUGUGUAGUGAAAAGAUAAAAACUAAAACAAAUGGAAGAAGGAAACAAACGACAAAUGAAUUAAACGCUAAACAACAAUUAAGCACGCACACGUACACGAAAAACACUCACACAUACAUGCAUUCAACACUCACAAUAGGAGAACAAGGGCAAGAGGGAAUUAUACGUGCUUAUGACGUUAUAUUGAGUCAAUCGAGACAUCAUCAAAUCAGCAAAAAAAACAAAAAACCCCCAGAGCAAACCAAACCGGGCGUGGAAUGAAUUGGAAAUGAGUGGAUCAAGGGGCGCAAACAUGUGAGCGAUUUAGUGCAACACUAAAAAAAAACAAGCAACACACAUUACAGAGCAAUGCAAGUGGAAUAUAAAAACAAAAGUUUUCGUAUAUUUAUGAUGGUGCAUACCGCUGUACGCUGGAGAUUGGAAAGGAAAGCUGAGAAAGCUGAAAAGGUGUAUGAUAUAGAAAAGAAAACAUCAACCGAAUCCAACACGUGGGCCAGCGCCCAAUGUCGUGAGGGGAAAUAAAACGAUAAGCUGAGAUGGAAAUGCAAACAAACAAAAGAAAAAAACACACACAAAAACAAACAAAAAAAACAGUAAUAAUGAUUAUUGAUAGCAAAAGUAAGACUUUUUCUGCAUACCCGACUCUAAUAGAGGAAGAGUUACAUUUAUAAGGUUCUUAAUGUUCAAUAAACGGUCAAAAUAGUGCA